AUGAAGGCAAUAUUGCUUUGGUUCGUUUUCGUAUGCGGCGUGUUCGCUUUCCGACACUCGGGGAACAACCGGCUGUACCAAAGCACGGGCAAUCGGAAAGGGUGCCUAAACUACAGGAAAACCAAAAAUGAUAACGGCACGGAGCGCAGAAGAGGUUACGCCUAUUCCCUGGGAAGCACAUUCGAUGACGUCAAGAAAGUAAUUUCCAAGCAGCUCUCAGUGGAGGAGGAAAAAAUACAAAUGGAGUCCAAUUUUACCAAGCUACACCUCAUCAAAAUGAACACCACCACCACGACAAUGCAGGACCUCGGGGCGGACAGCCUAGACUUAGUUGAGCUCAUCAUGGCCCUAGAGGAAAAAUUCAACAUAACAAUCUCGGACCAGGAUGCUUUGAAGAUAAGCACCGUGCAGGAUGCAAUAGACUUUAUUGAAAAAAAUAAAAAAUCCGAUUCGUGA